CCAAGGCAUAGUUGCAACUCAGCUCGUUGCCAUGCAACAGCAGUUUGGUGUCUUUCAGUUAGUACUGGCACAGCUAUUAGCCCGAAAUAAUCCUGGUGAUCCACUCAUCAACCUACUUAAUCCUGCUCCACAACCUCCAGCCCCACCACAAAAUCCUGAACCAGUUCAGCAUGCUCCUGCUAUUAGUGAAUCUCAGGGCCAAUCUCACUUUGCGCCAGUUCAACAACCCCUUCAUGGUGAUGUCACUCGACGUCUAGAUAGCUUAGAAAAGCUAGUGGUUGAACAACGAGGUGCCCCACCCCCGCACCCUACUGUUGACUCCGUGCCCCACCCUCUCAACACCAAUAUUAUACUGGAACCCUAUCCCGCUGGCUUCAGAAUACCACAGCUUGAAACUUAUGAUGGGACGAAGGACCCCAAUGAUCAUUUACAUGCUUUCUACUCUUGCAUGCAGGCCCAUAACGCCUCUGAUGCAUUGAUGUGCAAAAUCUUUCCCUCUACUCUCCGAGGUAAUGCUCGAACCUGGUACUACAGUCUGCCUCUGAGGUCAAUCAACUCUUACAAAGAAAUGGCAUAUGCUUUUGCCACAAAGUUUUCCAGUAGAAGAUUCAAUGAUGCAGUACUGGAGAUUAACUCUUUCGACCAAGCUGUGGGAAUUACAGCUGUGAUCUCAAGUCUUAGCCAUGAGAGAUUCCGAGAUAGUUUGCUCAAACAUCCUGCUAACACCUUCAGCGAGGUAAAUGAUAGAUCGUUGAAAUUCAUAACUGCUGAGGAACAUGCCCUGUCGCAGAACCUAACUCCUAUUAAGAGCCAACACCCGGACUGGAGAGAUGAGAAUCCGAACAGGAAACGGAUGAAGACAACACAGAACCGAGGUCCGAUGUCGACUUCCACCCCGAGAUUCGGAAGGUCGAACUCAGCACCUCCGCAACAACCUGCAGGUAAACCUCCAGUUAAUUGGACUCCUUUUAUUUUAUCGAGGUCACAAAUCUUUAUGCAGAUUAAGAAUAAAAUGGACUUACGACGUCCGGGCCCAAUGAGAACUACUGCUGCUACCAGAGACCAUACUAGGUACUGUGAUUUUCAUCAAGAUCACGGUCAUACAACAGAGCAAUGCAAUAGUCUGAGGUCCGAGCUGGAAAGUCUGGCGCAGAAAGGAAUGUUGAAUGAGUACAUCCAGAGAGUGGAACAGCCAAGGUUUGUUAGAGAACAAGGGCCACAGCAUCAAGGAGUCCGCAAUCCCCCAAACAAGCAAGGUGUGGGAUAUCAGCAGGCCCCACCACCACUCCCCCCACCAGCUAGAGUCAUACACAUGAUUACGGGAGGUCUGGAAGCAGGUGGACUGAGCUCUAAGCAACGAAAGUUGUAUGUCAGAGAGGUUAAGCACCAGAACCGAGCUCAGAAGCGAAAAUUUGACAAUGCUGAGUGGAAGAAUCAACCCAUCACUUUUACAUUUGCUGAUCUUGAAACAAUUGUCACACCUCACAAUGAUCCUCUAAAGGGUAAAGAUCAGACGCCCGAGGUCAAUCCCAAAAGGAUUCUUGACAAUCGACAAGUUAUGGGUGUGGAGAUAGUAGAUAACCGACCAGAAGAUGAAACCAGAGCUGCUGCAGCCGAAGAUGUGGAAGAGGUACAGAUUGAUGACAGAGAUCCGAGCCGAAAAACGCAAAUUGGGGCUAAAUUGAACCCGGAGGAAAGAGCAGAGCUAAUAGCUUUUCUUCUGGCCAAUAAAGAUGUUUUUGCAUGGACUUCAGCAGAUAUGCCAAGAAUUCCCACUUCAGUUUUUCAACAUAAACUCAGCACCAAUCCCCUUAAGAAACCCGUAGCCCAGAAGCGACGCCUCUUCGGGGGGGAGAGGUUAAAGGUUAUUAAAGAAGAAGUCGAGAAACUCCUACAAGCCGGCUUUAUCAGAAGGGUAGAUUACUGUGAGUGGGUCGCCAAUCCGGUGUUGGUGAAAAAAGCGAAUGGUAAGUGGCGGAUGUGCAUUGAUUACACUAACCUCAACGAUGCAUGUCUAAAGGACUGUUAUCCAAUGCCAAACAUUGAUAAGCUGGUUGAGGCAGCUUCGGGAAAUGAGAGAUUAAGUCUCUUGGAUGCAUACUCAGGCUACCACCAUGUCCCAAUGGCUCCUGAGGAUGAAGAAAAAACCUCGUUCUAUGCUGGCGAUGAGAUCUAUUGCUAUGUAAUGAUGCCCUUCGGCUUGAAGAACGCAGGUGCCACUUACCAGAAGAUGGUUACCAUCGUAUUCCGAGCUCAAAUAGGACGGAAUCUGGAAGUUUAUGUUGAUGAUAUAGUGGUAAAGAGUUUGAAAGCUGACAAUCACUUAACCGACCUUGAGGAGACAUUCAACAAUCUCAGACAGAAUAGAAUGAGGUUAAACCCAGCCAAAUGCAUCUUUGGUGUGGAGUCUGGAAAAUUCCUGGGUUUCAUGGUUUCCCGGAGAGGAAUUGAGGUCAACCCAGAGAAGAUCAGAGCAAUUGCCGAGAUGGAACCGCCAAAGUCAAUGAAGGAUAUACAGAGGUUGACUGGAAGGGUAGCAACUCUUCAUCGGUUCAUAUCGAAGUCAGCAGAUAAGUGCCUACCGUUUUUCAAGAUUAUGAGGUCAGCUGCCCAGAAAGAUGAAUCGGGCCCAUUUGUGAAGGGGGUAGGAGGUGUAACCCACCUCAUUGUUGGUGUAGAUUAUUUCACAAAAUGGGUUGAAGCUCGGGCAUUAUCCAGUCUCACCUCCAAAAAGGUCAAAGACUUUGUUUUCAGCUUGAUUAUUUGCAGAUAUGGGAUCCCGAAUCAAAUUAUAGCUAAUAAUGGAACUCAGUUCAAUUGCUCCUCAUUCCGAGAUUUCUGUUCCAGUUACGGGAUUAAACUGCAGUUCACCUCGGUUUACCAUAUGGAGUCCAACAGCAUGGUCGAAUAUGUUAACAAGUGCAUCUUAGAAGGUGAAACACCCUAUCAUCUGGCCUUUGGUACCGAAGCAGUCAUUCCUAUCGAGAUAGGAGUCCCAAGCUUCAGGGUCACCCAUUUCAAUGAAUGGCAGAAUGGACAACUGCUUCGGGAGAACCUUGAUCUGCUUGACGAAGUCAGAGAAGAAGCACAACUUCGAACUAUAGUUUACAAGCAGAAGGUAGCAAACUUUUACAACAAACGAGUUCGACCCCGACCAUUCAAAGUAGGCGACCUUGUUCUCAGGAAAGCUGGUCUAACGGGGUUCGAAACUCGAUUUGGAAAGUUAGCACCAAACUGGGAAGGCCCCUACACCGUAGCCGAAGUGCCACACCCAGGUGCUUAUAUCCUACAAGACACUGGGGGAAAAAAGGGUUCCUAGAGUUUGAAAUGCCAAUAACUUGAAGAAAUUUUACCCUUAAUACACUUCUUUCCAGUCA